CGCGAGCCGCGUUGGCGUUUCCUCAGUAGACGGCAGUGAAGUCGCGCGACAGGGCUGGGAAUUUUGAGCCGGUAAAGUGAACUCACGGACGGGGCAUGUUAAGGUAAAUUUCGAGGCUUCUACCAUGGACACAGAGAUGAUGCCAAAAUUUACCUCAAAAGAUGAGGAAAUUGAAUACUGGAAGAACAUGUCCCUCACAUACAAGAAAAGUUACCAUGACGCCCAGGAAGAGCUACAGGAAUUCCAGGAAGGAAGUCGUGAGCUGGAGGCAGAGCUGGAGGCCCAGUUGGGCCAGGCGGAGCACCGCAUCAGAGACCUGCAGGCUGAGAACCAGCGGCUAAAGAGUGAGGUGGACAUCUUAAAGGAGAAGCUGGAGCAACAGUAUGCACAGAGCUAUAAACAGAUCUCCAUGUUGGAGGAUGAUCUGGGCCAAACGCGCUGCAUCAAGGAGCAGCUGCACAAAUACGUCCGUGAGCUGGAGCAGGCCAACGAUGACCUAGAGAGAGCCAAGAGGGCCACCAUUACGUCUCUGGAGGACUUUGAGCAGCGGCUUAACCAGGCCAUAGAGAGGAACGCCUUCCUGGAGAGUGAGCUGGAUGAGAAGGAGUCUCUCCUGGUGUCUGUGCAGAGGCUGAAGGACGAAGCCAGGGACUUGAGGCAAGAGCUGGCUGUGCGAGAAAGGUCCACAGACGUCACCAGAAUGUCAGCGCCCAGCUCCCCCACCCAGGACACUGACAAAAUGGACACUGCAGUCCAGGCCUCCCUGUCCCUCCCGGCUACGCCAGUGGGAAAAGUCAUAGACCAUCCCUUCAUGACUCAGAAAGCACUGACCAACGGUUGUGGAACCUCUUCGCUCACCCCAUCUGCCAGGAUCUCUGCCCUCAACAUUGUUGGAGACCUCUUACGGAAAGUUGGGGCUCUGGAGUCCAAGCUGGCUGCUUGCAGGAACUUUGCCAAGGAUCAGGCAGCAAGGAAGACCUACAGCACAGGAAAUGGGAACCUGGUGAACAGCAACGCAACCAAGUUCUCUCAUUCGCUCCACACGACAUACUUUGACAAAGCGACUGUGAACGGGCUGGACCCCGGUACUCUGACAGGAAUAGGAUCUCCGCGCGCUGUGUCCCCUCCUGGCAUGCUGCCCCUCAGCGUGUGAGAGACCCGCCUGCCUCCUCCACACGAGCCCCUGGACACCAAGGAGACAAACGCAAGGGACGUUUUGAGUGUCCUGCCACUGUGUGUGUGUGUGUGUGUGUGUGUGUGUGUGUGUGUGUGUGUGUGUGUGUGUGUGUGUGUGUGUGUGUGUGUGUGUGUGUGUGUGUGACCUCAUAACUGGGCAGCAGUUAUGGUGUGCCUCACAAGCGUGUCUGAUGGAUGCAGGUCAGACGCUGUAGCACAGUCGUCUAUAUGUUGGUCCAGUCCGGUUCUGAAGAGGUCUCGGCACUUUCACUUUUUUUGCCCUCCUUUUUCCUACUUAAAGCCAUCUAAGGGCCCAGGCAGGCCUCUGCUGUUUUGGGAUAUUGUUGAGGUGUUGCACAUGGGGCAGGGGGUUCAGCAAAUGUCUAAAAAGAAAAGAAAGAAAAGGGCUGAGGGGUUAUUUUCCGUUAACAUUAUACUUGAGGGUAUGUGAGAAGCAGGCACGGAGAGGCCUGCCCACCUUUGUGGCCUGGCUUGACUGAAUUACAUGACUGAAUUAUACGUGGACUGGAUCCAGGUGGCAAGCAGAGUCCUGGGUUCUCAUUAGAGUACUUUGUGCUGAAAGUAGGUGGUUGACCCAGAAUAUAGUGGUAGGAGCCUCCUGAAUGGCGUAGAAAGAUCCCCUGCUUCUAGUUGAGAACCUGUGAAUACUUACCAGGCUUCUGUUUUUGCCCUGAUUGCUGCUUCACCUGCCUGCUGGGAUAGUUGGCGAAGGCGAUAUCAGAAUGACAAAGGGAUGUGGUAAUCUGCGCUGUUCAUUUCCGUGUACUGCAUACUACAUAACACCACUAUAACACCACAACAGUACAUAUUUAAUAUUCGCCAUUGUCCGUUUUCCUUAAAAUAGUUACUAUAUCAAGGGAAGGGGAAGAAACUGUUUGAUUUAUACAGUGCUUUGGAUGUGUAAAUUGUUUUGGUGCAAUGUUACUUGAAAUAUAACAGUUGAAGACUUUUAGUGCAAAGGUUAUCGAUUCAUUCUUUGAGGACUCUUACCUGGCUCAGUCCCCCCUCCCCCCUCCAGCUCCAACUCACCUAAACCAGGAAUGUGAAGGCUGGGGUGUAUUGUGAAGCUGGAAUAGAACAUUUACAUGGACUAGCAGAGUCCACAAGGACUGAAGUAGGAUCCUCUACAUUAGUGACCAUGUGAACUUCCUUUUUCUACCAUGUGCUUUGUGGUUUUGUUGCUGAGGAUGACGGUCGGUCUAUUUCAGUCAGAGACUAAUUUGCUGCCUGUAUUUCUCAGUGCUGCUUCUUGCUGCUUUCAGUUUUUGUCACCUAUACCAGCACUUUGUAAACCAUACGUUUUGAAGUACUCCCCCCCCCCCCAAUUCUUGUUUGAUUUCACAGAAUAUUAAGUUGUAAAGCACUCUGUUGACUGUUAGAUUUGUCACAUGUACAUAAGUUUGUAAGUUUUUCCCAAGAAAUUUAUAGAUACCAAGAUUGGGCCCUGAGCUCAUUAAUUUAUUUCACAUUCUUUAUUGCAUGUUUUGAGAUGACUGAAUUUUACAGAUUGUACAUCAUUUAUAAAUUAUAUCAUGAUAUAAAAGUUUGUUCAGUAUGUGCAAAUAAAGUAUAAAACAAGUGGUUAAGUAAAA